AUGCGCAAGGCAGUCGCACGCAAGCAGAGCCGUCGAGGACAGCUGAACGCCGGCGCGGGCGCCCACCCGAACGACGCAGUCGACCAGAGCCUCAGGUCACUCGUCCGCGACCCGGACCUGGCGGACGAAGCCUGGGCAAACCACGUCACGAACCGUCUGAACCGAGGUCAGAUUGCCAAAGCAUUUGAUGCCGACAAGGCUCGUGCCGUGAUUGGUAAUUCUGAGGUUCAGGCCGUGCGCGACCUCUUGGUACCGCCCGGGCUGACCCCGUACAUUGCUUCGACACCCGCCUCCACGUCUACACUGGCACCAGCCACGGCUGCGAGCUCCCCAACCGUGUCCUUCACCAAAGGUGAGCUCCCCAAGGCGUUGGCGGCCACCAAGGGUGUCACCGACCCCUAUGGUUGGUCUGGUGAGCUUCUUGCCUCCAUCUACCGCAUCAAGGAGCACUUCAGUCAAGUCUUGGGCCCACGCCAGGGUUCUACCAGCGACCCGACUGCUCCUUCUGAGGGAGGCGCGCCUCAGGGCCCCACCACCGCCACUGGAGGUCCUCAGGUUGCCUUGAACAAGAUCUUUCACCACAUUGCCAACAACACCGUGCCCGAGUCGAUUCGACAUGCCCUUUGCUCCAUCAACUACACUAUCCUGGAGAAGGCCAAUGGCAAGUUUCGACCCGUGGGCACGGAUUCCAUCUUCAACAAGGUUGUCAACCGCGCUCUGCUCGAGCAACAGCAGCCCCAUAUUGCCCACUUGCUACAGGCCAGUCCAGAGUUGGCCGUCGGAGUCAAGGACGGCAUUUCAGCAGCGGUUGGCAUGGCCUUUGGUGAGCUCCAAGCCUGUGAGUCUACCCCGGGCUGGACCAUGCUCUCCCUCGAUUUCAAGAGUGCCUUCAACUACACCGACCGAGCACGGCUACACGAGAUUGUGGCCGACAAGGUUCCUGGCCUCUUGCGCGCCUUUGAACGACACUAUGCUCGACCCACUACCCACUGCAUUGUCGACAAGUUCUCAAGGUCCUCAGGUUGCCUGAACAAGAUCUUUCACCACAUUGCCAACAACACCGUGCCCGAGUCGAUUCGACAUGCCCUUUGCUCCAUCAACUACACUAUCCUGGAGAAGGCCAAUGGCAAGUUUCGACCCGUGGGCACGGAUUCCAUCUUCAACAAGGUUGUCAACCGCGCUCUGCUCGAGCAACAGCAGCCCCAUAUUGCCCACUUGCUACAGGCCAGUCCAGAGUUGGCCGUCGGAGUCAAGGACGGCAUUUCAGCAGCGGUUGGCAUGGCCUUUGGUGAGCUCCAAGCCUGUGAGUCUACCCCGGGCUGGACCAUGCUCUCCCUCGAUUUCAAGAGUGCCUUCAACUACACCGACCGAGCACGGCUACACGAGAUUGUGGCCGACAAGGUUCCUGGCCUCUUGCGCGCCUUUGAACGACACUAUGCUCGACCCACUACCCACUGCAUUGUCGACAAGUUCUUCAAGGUGAUUGACAUUGAUGUUGGCCAAGGCAUUGUGCAGGGCAACGAGCUAUCGCCCUUCUUCUUUGCCCUGUACUCCUGUGAGGUCCUCGGUCUCCUCGACGCCACCACUGACUACCGCUGCAAGGUCAUCAAGUACCUCGACGACAUUGUACUGAUGGGUCCCGCGGAGGACGUGGCGGCCGACGUCGAGAUUGUCAAGGCUCGUGCAAAGUCUGCUGGCCUUCAUCUGCAGCCCAAUGCCGUGCGCGAGACGGCCAACACGGGCAUGACGGUCUUGGGAACGCCGAUUGGCCGUCGCGAGUGGAUGAAGAAGCAGCUGAACGACAAGGCAAAGCACAUUGCUGGCAAGCUCAAUGACAUGCUGACGACCGGUGUCUCGCUUCAGGCCCUCCUCACGGCCAUGCAGUACGUGCCUAGCCUCAUCAACCACCUCUACACGCUGCCCCCAAGUCUCACGUCGGGCUUGUCCGAGCUCUUGAACCGUGCUUGCAAGGACACCUUUGUCAAAGCCUUUUUUGCCAAGGUAAACCUGUCUGCACCGGCUGGAGCUGAAGGUCAUGACGUUACGCUGGAACAGCUCCUUGAGGCUCGCCUCUUCACACGGGCCAACACCGGGGGCUUUGGCCUGCACGACUUGGUUGAGCGCGGUCCGGUGGCUUAUGUCUGCAACAUGGCCAAGCUGGCCACUCACUACCCUCGGGUCUACGAUCGACUUUUGGAGGAUGAAUCGAGGGCUGCUGACUUUCAGGCCCACGUGCAGCGAGCCGGCUUCCAGAUGGCCACGGUCAAGGACGCGGGGACUCAGCGACCAGCUGAGAUCAUUGCCCUCCGCUCCAAGGCGGCACUGGACGACCUGAUGGCCAACUGCCGCAUCGACCUGCACCGCCGCAACCCCUUUCCCGGCGGUGCCCUGGGCCCAGCUCUGCCCGACCUGGGCAUUGACGUGACUGUGCGCACAGCCCAACCCCCGACCACCUCGCAAGCCUGCAUCAAGGUGGGCGCUGCCCUUCGCCGAGCCGAAAUGGAGAAGCGCGACUACUACACCGGUUUCAACCAUGGAAAAACUCUGAUCGUCCCUGCGGCGAUGACGACAACCGGUGGGUUCGCCUCCUCCUUUGUGGAUCUGCUUGGUCAGCUCGCCCGCUGCGCCGAGGCCCGUGGUGUGUACCAGCCGGGGCUGGAUGAGGCCUUUGUUCCCCGGUGGAAGGGUCGCUUUGCGGCGCUGGUCCAUCAGAUGAACGCUGACCACAUCCAGCGCCACUUUGGCGGUGUCUGCCUGCGCUCGUCGUUAUGGGCCUCGAACGCGCUACCACUUGUCAGUCUUGACUUGGGAUUCGAACCCCGCAUCAAGACUACUUGUGCAGACCUGAGCUCGAGUUGCGUAAGCGCUAUUACAUAG